CGGCGAGGUCGGUGGCGUUGGUUGUGCCCGCCGAUCAUGGAUUCUCAGAAGGACGUUCAGCCUCCAAAGCAGCAGCCAAUGAUUUACAUUUGUGGAGAAUGUCACACAGAAAAUGAAAUAAAGGCAAGAGAUCCUAUCAGAUGCAGAGAAUGUGGCUACAGAAUAAUGUACAAGAAAAGGACAAAAAGAUUGGUGGUUUUUGAUGCCCGAUGAUGUCCACUGAAGAUACAGCAGCUUUGUGAUGCAGUUUAAUCUCUUUGAUGACUGCUUUGUAAAUCCAUUUAUGUACCAAUGCCU